UGAGUUCAUCCGCAAUGGUUAUUUGUUGGUCAGCCAAGAAACAGGAUCCUGAAGCGACUAUUGCCCCUUUCAAUUCCCCUCCCCUACCUGAGGCCGUGAAAAGCCUGGGGUAGCCGGUACACCCGAAAUUCCCAAACCCGUCGCCGCACGGAAAUGGAAAUCGAGAGGCCGCCGCAGCCGCCGCCUGUCGCCGCUGCUGUGGCUGCGGCGGCAGCCAUUUCCACGGUGCUCGGUGACGACGACCUCCUGCGCGAGAUCCUCGUACGUCUCGGCCUACCCACCAGCCUCCUCCGUGCCGCUCUCGUCUGCCGACGCUGGCUCCGCCACGCCUCCGACCCGGCCUUCCUCCGCCGAUUCCGUGACCUCCACCCGCCCCGUCUCCUCGGCGCCUACCUCUCCACAUCGGCCGGCCCCGCCCCGCGCCUGCGGUUCCUCCCGAUCCGUCCGGUCCCGGAGCUCGCCGCCGCCGCCCGCCGCGCCGGCUCCUUCUUCGACGCCUUCAAGGGAUCCUCCGCCGCCGUCUACGACAGCCGCGGUGGCUGCCUCCUCGUCACCACCUUCGACGACCGCCACGACUCCACGCACCAGGUCUGCCGCCCGCUGUCCCCGGGAGGGGACACCACCGUGGUUCCGCCACCCCCGCCGCCGCCGCCGAUCCAGCUCAACAACGACGAGGAAUGCCUCAUCUACCACUACGGUGAGUUCCUUCGCGACGACGGCGACGGCCGCUCCUACUUCUGCGUGGUGAUGGGGUUUAGCGAGCUGCAGACCACCGUGUACUUAUACGAGUUGCACGACAUCAACUGGGUUGUCAAAGCCUCGGCAGCCGCGCAGCUCGCUUUAUUGCCACCCAAAUCAAGGGUUAUGCUCUUCGAUAGCGCCAACUUCUACAUGUUGUCCACAACCAACAGGAUCCUUGUGUGUGAUUUUCCAUCCUCAAGUAUCUCAGUCAUGGAGCUCCCCAAUGGGGUGGAGAACAAGCCCGGUGGUUGUAUCAUGCUUUCCAGGGGAGGUAGAUCUGGAAUCUUUCUGAUCUAUGUUAAAGAGUUUCAGCUUCACAUCUUCCACCACAGGAUGGGUGCCAAUGACCCAGGCAACUGGUCCCUAGUGGAUUCUGUUUCUUUGCGUCAGGUGUGCUCUAAUCUGGAUAUGGCAAGCUGGCAAUUUAUGGAUGGACCUAGUGUUGGUGUUAAAUUAUGCGCUGUUGGGGACAACGCGGAGUUUGUGCUCUUGGAGAUAUUUGGUACUAUUGUAUUCUUGGAUAUUAUAAGCAGGCAAGCCGAGAAGGUUUAUGAGCUGACACCAGAGGAUAAAGAGUUGGUCAGUGUCCGUCCCCUGAUGUUGAUAUGGCCUCCUGUUUUCCCUCAGUUGAAGGAUGCAUAUUAUGAACAAAAGGAGUGAUGCGAGGCAAAGAAAUAGAAUGAUCAGGUGAAGGUCAGAGGCAUGAGACUAGUUAAAUUUCUCUUUUUUUUUGUUUUUCUGCUUUUUUUGCAUUACAAUGCAAACGUUUAUUUUGGUGCUAUGUACAACUUUAUCAUGUAAUAUUUUGACACACAUGAUUAUUCUUGGUUUGCACGGCCCCCCAUAUGUUCAAAUCCUGGCUCCGUCCCUGUCUCCUGGAGAGCACACAAGUUUUGUAACCAAUCACCUUCAGCAAGUUAAUCUUCUCUUGCCUAGCUAUGUCUCGUCCAAAUCCCUUGUUCUUCUUCUUGAUCCCCUCUAGGUUGUUAACAAAAUGCAUCAGCUGACUUGAUUGAAUAGAUCAAUUUGACUUGAUUGAGAUUGACAGAUACCCAGAUGGAAUGGCAGUUUGUCCAACAUUUUAGACCAGAUAUGAUUAGCACUGUUUUUCAUUAUUGUUUUUGGGUUUCGGUUGAUGUAAAAGUCAAGAAUAUUAGAAUAUUAGAUCACUUACUAAGAUCAGCAAUUGUUUCAUUCA